UCCUCGUGGAUAUGGCCACCCAGCUGCUGCUCCAUCCAUCCAACACCACGUGACCCGCAUCUCCCGCGUCCGUGAGUCUCACUCGGCACCAUGGCUGUGGAUGCUGCGGAUGCUCUCCGCUGCAUCCUGCAUCCUCGCCGCCUCCUUUUGCUCCUCCUGACCGCCGCGCUCCUCCUCGCUCCCCCCACUGCCGCGCUGCUCGGCGUCCGGCCGGAGGACACGCAAAGCGGGGAGCUGUCCGUGCACGGCGGGAUGCUGAGGGCGACUGAGGGGACCCGGUUCCUGCUCAGGGUUUACUACUCCGCACCUCCCGCCGCAGAGCUGAACGUCAGCGGCGGCACCGACGCCGCUCCGUGGAUCGCGUUCAUCGAGGAGCCGGGAGGAGACGGCGGGCAUGCGGAGAGGAUGGGGGACAACCCGUGCGUGGAGGAGGACACCCGCAGCACUGACAUAGAGCUGCUGGGGUCGUUCAGAUCCCCCUCAAGCCACAACUCAGUUCUAGUCGAGUUGCUUGCCAAAGACCUGCGCAAAGGAGAGGCGGUCAAAUACUACUCCAUGUGCGCGUUCGAUGGCGCGAAGUGGGAGCACUUCACCACCAGAGACUUCUGGUUGGCGGUGGUGGAGAGACCUCCACAGGGGGACGUUUGGCUCCAAGCGGGAGUCUCCGUGCUCCUGCUGGGGCUUUCUGCGCUCUGCAGCGGGCUGAACAUCAGCAUGCUCGCUCUGGACCCCAUGGAGCUGCGCGUCCUGCAAAACAGCGGCACGGAGAAGGAGCAGAAAUACGCACGGAAAAUCGAGUCUGUGCGUAAACACGGAAACUACAUCCUUUGCACCGUGGUGCUGGGCAACGUGCUCACCAACACGUGCUUUGUGGUGUGGAUGUGCCAGAUUUUGGGUAUGACCCUUCUCUCCACCACCUCGUGCACGUUGGGGAUUUUCUUUAUCGGUGAGAUCUUGCCUCACUCCGUGGCGUCCCGCCACAGCCUCGCCAUCGCGUCCAAAACUCUGUGCGCCACCCGGCUGUUGAUGCUGCUCUUCUUCCCCAUCGCCUACCCGGUGUCCAAAAUCCUGGACGUCAUGUUGCACCAGGAGAUCAGCAGCUUUUACACCAGGGAGAAGCUGGUGGCCAUGCUGCGGAUCACAGAUCCGUAUCACGGCCUGGUCAAAGAGGAACUCAACAUCAUCCAGGGCGCGCUGGAGCUGAGGACUAAGACCGUGGAGGACGUCCUGACCCCUCUGACGGACUGCUACAUGCUCUCCUCGGACGCCACGCUGGACUUCUGCACCAUGUCCGACGUGAUGCAGAGCGGUUUCACGCGGAUCCCGGUGUACGAGAACGACCGGUCCAACAUUGUGGACAUCCUGUUCGUUAAAGACUUGGCUUUCGUGGAUCCCGACGAUUGCACGCCGCUCAAGACCAUCACGCAGUUUUACAAACACCCCAUGCACUGUGUGUUCAACGACACCAAGCUGGAUGUGAUGCUGGAGGAGUUUAAGAGAGGAAAAUCCCACCUGGCAGUUGUGCAGAGGGUCAACAGUGAGGGUGGUGGAGAUCCAUUCUAUGAGGUGAUGGGCAUUGUCACCCUGGAGGAUGUGAUAGAAGAGAUCAUCAAGUCUGAAAUAGUCGAUGAGACCGACCUCUAUACCGAUAACCGCACUAAAAGACGAGUGUCCAACCAGGACAGGAAGCAGGAUUUCUCCAUCUUCAAAUUGGCAGAAAAUGAACUAAAUGUGAAGAUUUCCCCUCAGCUGCUGCUGGCAACACAUCGCUUCUUAGCCACAGAGGUUGAGCCAUUCAGGUCAUGCCACCUGUCAGAAAAAAUCUUGCUGUGUCUCAUCAAACAUCCCAGUGUCGUGCAGGAACUCAAGUUCAACCCCCGCAACAAACACGCCGCUCAUCACUAUCUCUACCAGAGAAACAAACCUGUCGACUACUUUGUUCUCAUCCUGCAGGGACAGGUGGAGGUUGAGAUUGGAAAAGAAGCUCUUCGUUUUGAAAAUGGAGCAUUUUCUCACUAUGGGAUGCUAGCACUCAUCCCUCCGCUGCCUGUUGGUCAGAGGUGCAGUUCUCGGAGCAGUGGACUGAACCAGUCUGAUUCAUUACUGAGUGGAGGCAGCAUGGGUCAGCUUCCCACAGGAGGAGGAGGGGUCUACUUACCAGACUACUCAGUCAGACAGAUCACAGACCUGCAGAUCCUCAAGAUCACCAGGAACCACUACCAGAAUGCUCUAAGGGCCACCAAGAUGGACAGCUCUCCACAGACCCCAGACCCCAUCGACAGGGACCUUACAGGAAGACCUGCGGUUCCAGAAGCCCGUUCCCACAGCAUCGCCCUUCCCCUGACGACCACACACACACGGCUGGGCCUGGCACACCUUGCACGACUCCACCCCUACAGCAGCCUUCGCAGCACCUCCCAGCUCAACGAAAGAAACCGUAUAGUCCGCAGCAAGUCUGACGGUCAGAGGAGUCCUAAUGACACCGUGUUCCUUCGCAUGGAUGAAAUUCCGUACAUCCAAGAGGACCGGCCGGAAAAUUGUGCAGAGACUGACAUGCCUGCUGAGUCUCAGCCAUCCACCUCUCCCUUCAUCAGCUCCCUCUCUCUGUCCAGCUAUGAGGACACCAUUGGGAAGAGGCUGCUGCAUAAACUGAGCAACAAGAGGAGGAAAAAGCCUCGUGAUGGCGAUAAGAGUUUAGAGGAGGCUUCAGAGCAGCCCGCAGUGACUAGGACAGUCACACUGAGGACUGAUUGUGUGUCCUCGGUAAAGAAGCAUCUCUCAGUAAACUCCCUCAAUCCACCAGUACGACUCUCACAGGAGCCAUCCUACCUGCUGUAGCCGCCAGUCAAACUCAGGCUCUCAGUGACGACACAUCGUGUUCCACCACUGCCUGAUUUCACACAAACCUCAGUCAUAAACUUAAUGGAACAAAUUACAACAAUACAUUGAAAUAUGUUCACUGGAGUGAAAUUUACUGAAAACUACAAGUGCUAUACGAGCACAUACUCCGCCACAACACUUAAGUACAUAUUACUGUGUAAUUACAGGUUCCUCAACAAGAAAGCCGAUGGAGAAGAAAAACAAAGGAAUCU